AGCUGCUGCAGGGCUGUGUGUGGGGACCGUGGAGUGGGGAGGCGCUCCUCCUCUCCCCCCCAGCACCAUGGCCGAGGUCAAGGUGAAGCCCGAGGUCCCGGAUCCGCUGGACGUAGAGAACAGGAUCAUCGAGCUCUGCCAUCAGUUCCCCCACGGCAUCACGGAUCAGGUGAUCCAGAACGAGAUGCCCCACACGGACGCCCAGCAGCGGGCCAUGGCCAUCAACCGGCUGCUCUCUAUGGGACAGUUGGACCUUCUCAGGAGCAAUGCAGGUCUUCUCUACAGAAUCAAAGAUUCUCAAAAUGCUAGUAAAAUGAAGGGAUCUGACAACCAAGAGAAGCUGGUCUAUCAAAUUAUAGAGGAUGCAGGCAACAAAGGUAUUUGGAGCAGGGAUAUUAGAUACAAAAGUAAUCUGCCUUUAACAGAGAUCAACAAGAUACUGAAAAACUUGGAGAGCAAGAAACUCAUUAAAGCUGUUAAGUCUGUGGCGGCCUCAAAGAAGAAAGUGUACAUGUUAUACAACCUACAGCCUGACCGGUCUGUGACUGGUGGGGCAUGGUACAGUGACCAAGACUUUGAGUCUGAAUUUGUGGAAGUAUUAAACCAACAGUGUUUUAAAUUCUUACAGUCCAAGGCAGAAGCAGCUCGAGAAAGCAAACAGAACCCGAUGAUACAGAGAAACAGUUCUUUUGCUUCAUCCCACGAGGUGUGGAAAUACAUUUGUGAGUUGGGGAUCAGCAAGGUGGAACUGUCAAUGGAGGACAUUGAAACCAUUUUAAACACACUCAUCUAUGAUGGAAAGGUGGAGAUGACCAUCAUUGCUGCAAAGGAAGGGACAGUGGGUAGUGUGGACGGACAAAUGAAACUGUACAGAGCUGUCAACCCUAUCAUACAACCUACUGGACUGGUUCGGACCCCCUGUGGUCUCUGCCCAGUUUUUGAUGAUUGCCAUGAAGGUGGUGAGAUUUCCCCAUCAAACUGUAUUUAUAUGACAGAAUGGCUAGAAUUUUAGUAGCAGAGUAAAACCUAUGAACUGUGUCCACACUUUGCAGCCUAAGUUGGUGAUCCAGCUUGCUUUUUUUUAACCCUGGAUGAUGAUUUUUUUUGUAAGCAACUUCAGGAUAUGAAGUUCAUUUGUUUUUAAACACAUGAAGAAGCAACAUAUUCGUUUAUUAGCAGCUGUGACCGGGGACUAAAAGCCAUGAACUCAGUAAGAUCAAGUUACUGGUAGAAACCUAGACCUGUUGCUGCACAGAAAAUGAAGGAACACUUGUGUGACAGAUGCCACAAAUGGUUCUGGUGUAUUAUAAAAUCCUGAGGGUUUCUGUACAGCACUCUACCAUAGGCUUGAAAAUGAGUCAUUUGCUUUAACAUUGAUAAAGGAUAUCGGUCCCAAAUUUUGUCUUCAGACCAGUAAUACUGAAGAAGAAAGUCCCAGUCUGAAAGGCAGCACCUUACUCCAGGGAUAGCCCAAGUCUGGUUGGGGGCUUAAAUUGUAAUACCACAGCUGUUCUAAGCAGGUGGUCCAGCAUCACUAGCUGAUUCCUUCUCAUCCUCCUUUCACCUUGAGUUUAAUUAAACUCUCAUUGACUAACCUCUUCUACAUGGGCUUGUUUUCUCCAUUCCUGCUAUUGUACCAUAAUCUGCUGGUGGGUACCUGGUGCUUAGCUCUGUGUUCCACUUGGCAAACAACCAUAAAAAGCUUUAUGUUAGUCUGUGUCAAUCUCAUCUGGUGGCUAAUUGUGCAACUGGGAUAUGGGGCAAAGUAUUCAAAUAAAUUACUUUAAGGAAUAAAGGUACCUCUGGAAGAGAGAAAUCCCUGCUGUCUGUUAGCUAUAGUAUUUUUCAUGGAUGAUGUGAAAACUCUUGCUACUGUUGUCCUGUACGUUAAUCUGUUCUCUUGGCCUUGUGUUGUGGUUUAAGGGCGAAAUCUGUCAUCCGUAUGUUGUCAAAACCUGUUGUUCUCUUUCUUUCUUGUGGAUUGGAAGCCCUGUGAAACCUUUAUCUUUGCAUUCCUUCCCUUCUUCUCUGAUGCUACUUUGAGAAUAUAAUUUAUCAA